AUGGGGAUCCAGAGCGGCCACCCCUCCCCGGCCACCCAGCAUUCCCUGCAGGGCCUGGCGCCAGGCACCAGAGCCCACUGUGAGGUCUCGCUGUGCGCACAGGGCAACCGCCCUUCCAGACCGGCUGGACGCCCCUCCGGGCCUGGACACCGAGCCCAGAUCGCCACCACCCACCCCUGCGCGCGCGCGCGCCUGUCCCCGGCCAUCUCGCGUGUCUCUCCCGCUCCGUCGUGUCCAGGGUUGUCCGCGCCACCCCCGCCGGCCGCACCCCCGCCGGCCGCCGGCGCCCGGCAGCCGCGCAGCGCCCAGUGUGCCAUCGGGCGGGCGCGGAGGCGGCGUCUACUCCCACCCCCGAGAUCACAUGCAGGGCCUCCGGGGGGGCGCGGCGUGUGCAUCCGCGAGUUCCGCCCGGCAGAGCAGGAGGCGGCGCGCCGCAUCUUCUACGACGGCAUCAUGGAGCGCAUCCCCAACACGGCCUUCCGCGGCCUGCGGCAGCAUCCGCGCACACAGCUGCUCUACGCCCUGCUGGCGGCGCUCUGCUUCGCCUUCACCCGCUCUCUACUGCUGACCUGCCUGGUGCCGGCCGGGCUGCUGGGCCUACGCUACUACUACAGCCACAAGGUGAUCCGUGCCUACCUGGACUGCGCGCUGCGCACGGACAUGGCCGACAUCGAGCACUACUACAUGAAACCACCAGGCUCCUGCUUCUGGGUGGCUGUGCUGGACGGUAACGUCGUGGGCAUCGUGGCCGCGAGGGCCCAUGAGGAGGACAACACCGUUGAGCUGUUGCGCAUGUCUGUGGACUCGCGCUUCCGUGGCAAGGGCAUCGCCAAGGCACUGGGCCGGAAGGUGCUGGAGUUCGCCGUGGUGCACAACUACUCUGCCGUGGUGCUGGGCACGACGGCCGUCAAGGUGGCUGCCCACAAGCUGUACGAGUCACUGGGCUUCAGACACAUGGGCGCGAGUGACCACUACGUGCUGCCUGGCAUGACCCUCUCGCUGGCUGAGCGCCUCUUCUUCCAGGUCCGCUACCAUCGCUACCGCCUGCAGCUUCGUGAGGAGUGACCGCCACUGCUUGCCCGCCCACCGCCCCGGCUGCCCUGCCCACCUAUGCCCGCCUGCCUGCCGCCCAGUGCGGCCCUGCUUAGACCCUCACCUCGGCAUUUGUUGGGUUUUUCUUUCUC